UCUCAGCUCGCUUUAGAAAAUUCCUUGUCCCUAUUUUUUGCGCCACUUGCAGUUCCGAUUCAAACGCCGCGAAAUCUGUACCUGUUUUUCUUCUAAACCUCACUCAAAAACACGUUGCACGGUACCUUAACUACAGCAUCGAAAUUAUGGCAAAAGUACAGAUUGAGAACGUCGAAGUACUGGAUAAUCCGACGUCCUACUUGAAUCCGUUCCAGUUUGAGAUAACAUUUCAGUGCACAGAAGAUUUGUCAGAAGAUUUGGAAUGGAAAAUCAUUUAUGUGGGAUCGGCAGAAUCGGAAGAGCAUGAUCAGACGUUAGAUUCUGUCCUUGUGGGUCCAGUCCCAGCUGGCCACCACCGGUUUGUUUUUCAGGCAAACUGUCCGGACACAACGCUCAUCCCUGAAUCGGACGCUUUGGGCGUGACCGUGGUACUUAUCACUUGUUCGUUCCGAAACCAAGAGUUUGUGCGUGUGGGUUACUACGUCAACAAUGAAUACUCGGAUCCGGAGAUGAGGGAAAAUCCGCCAUCCAAACCUCAAUUUGAUAAGGUCGUCCGUAACAUCCUCCACACGGAUCCCCGCAUCACCCGGUUCAAGAUUGACUGGGAGGAUACCAUGAACAACGAGAACAUCCCGCCCCAACAGAACAUCAUGUCCCCACCCUCAUCGACAAAUGGCAUGCCAUGCCCUUGCCCCUGCCCCCUAGACAAACUCACCUCAAACGACCUCGCCACUCCACUCAACACAGACAGUAACAGCAGUUUGCCUGAAUAUGUAUCGGCCAUGGAACAUUAGAUAUUUAUUUUUUUUAUGUACAUUUUUCUGUAUGUGCUGUAAAUACAACAUUUUUUUUUCAUAAAGAGAACAGAAAAGAGUAAUUACGUCAGAAUUUGUUUGCAUGUUCAGUUGAGUUUGACAUUUCAAAGGGAAAAAUUUUAGCUCCAUAGUUUCAAAGUUUAUGUUAAUUGGUAUCUUCAAUGUUGUUAGAAAUGUCUACAUGUAUUUAAAAUGAUGGUCACAACUUUCUAAUUCGUGUUAGUGGAACAAUUUACUUUUCCAUGAAAAUGUCCAUGAAAAUGUCCAAACUCGUAAUAAAAACAAACAGUAAUAAAUCAUGUCUCCACAGAUUGUCCUUGUCAGACUGUGUUUUGACAAAUAAUUAAGGGUAGUUUUUACCUUUUCAUGAGCUUUCAAAAGUGCAUAUGGUUGCAUGUAGGUGCGCAUUACUAACAAAGGUUUGUUAGGCUUAUUGUGAAAGGUCCUUUUUUGCCUGCAGAUCUUGAUCUUCACAUGUAUGUGUCUUUUUGCAUCCCAAAUUUUGCUGUUCAUACCAAUGAAAAAUCACUUGCAUCAAAUAGAUUUUAAAAAAACGGUGAAUAUGCUGUCAAAAUGUGGCCAUUCUCGAGUACAUGUAUUUAAAUACUAAUAAAGGCCUCUGAACUGAUGACAUCACACAAUGUUCACAUGUACAUGUACGUUUUUCUACACAGCUAGUGGGGGCCCGUGGUCCGCUUAGCACCCUAAGAAAGCAUACACAAAGUGUGAAGUCAUGGUCCAGUGAGCACCAUAAGAAAGCACACAUGUAAACAGAGUUUGCUGUUAUUAGUACAGAUGUGUCUUUUAUUGAUGAUAAGUGCACUGUUGAGUUUUUACAGCCUCUUUUGUAUUUUUAGUUUUAAACUUUCCUGGUAUACAUGACAACCAGUUUUAUUACUGUGUGCUAAACAAAGCCCCUUUGUAAAGAUACAUGUGACAAUCAAAUAUGAAACAGGUUUCUUUUCUAGACCCUGUUGAGUGUGCGUAGAUAGAAGAGGGCGCUGUGGUGUACAAAGAAGAGCAGCUAGCCAUGCUUGUUCUUCACCUCUCAGCAUAUGAGCAUAAAUGAUUGCGUACUAGGAGAGACAGCUUUAAUGUGAGAACAAGAGCAAAUAUUUGUAAAGUAAGAUAUGGUUCCAAACCCUCACACUUCCAAGACAGGAAGCUCACAAAUGCUGGUUCACAUACCGAAGUAAGGAUUGCCAUGACUUUGUGUAAUUUUAAUGUAUACAUAGGCAAAAAUAAAACUGAACAGUGAACUCGAUAUGCA